AGCAGCUGCAUGUAAACAGCAGUCAUAAGACUGAAGUCAGUAGUGAAGGUGGUGCCCUGCAGGGACUUGCUGGAGACGAAGGGACGCAGACAGACCCAAGAAGCCGGAGGGACAUCAACGCCUGGACGCCAAGAGGGGAGACAUCUACAGCUGAAGCUGAAGAUAUGGCUUAUGUAAAAAGUGGAUGGCUACUUCGACAAAGCACAAUUUUAAAAAGAUGGAAGAAGAAUUGGUUUGACCUUUGGACAAAUGGAUAUUUGAUAUACUAUAGUGAGCAAGAGAGAGAAGACAUGGAAGACAAAAUCCUUAUGCAGCUCGACUGCAUAGACAUUCGUGUGGGCAAUGCCUGCAAAGAUAUACAUUUGCCAGAAGGAAGGUCAAAGGACUGCUGCUUGCAGAUUGUCUGCCAUGAAGGAAAGGUCACAAACCUAAUUGCCGAAAGCACAGAUGACUGCUUAGCCUGGGAAACAGCUCUUCGGGAUGCCAGAACAAAAACAAAUAUUCUGCCUGCACCACUGCUAUAUGAUGAAGGAAUACUCGGUCCUGCUCCGCCCUAUACUCAGUUUGAUGCUCCUCCUCCUUAUGGAUACGAUCAAUAUCCUGGUACUUAUCCAGUUCAGGGAUCACAGAUUAUCUAUACCAGAGAUGGACAAGCUUAUACCUCGUAUCAAUACCUAGCACAAGGUCCUGGUACCACCAAUCAUAUCAUCAUCCGAGAGAGAUACUAUGACAAUGAUGGGGAUAUGGCCAUGGGAAUGCUGGCAGGAGCAGCUACAGGGAUGGCACUGGGUUCUCUUUUCUGGGGAUUUUAAAUGGCAUAUCAGUCUCAAAGUCACUUAUUUAUUAAAUGCACUAAAAUGUACUUAAAUAUAGGUUUCCUUGUCUGCUAAACAACUUAUAUUCUAG